CUUAAGAUAUAUAUUUUCAUAACAGAUAUGUCGCCCUAAAGAAAAGUGACCUACCAAGUGCUUGAUGGCGAAUCGAAAAAAGAACAAAGACGGACGAAAUUACUCCCAGGAUGACCAAAAUGACACCACUUCGCAAGAUGGAAGCAGGAGUAUGGUGCAAGUGUACCAAGCUAAUAACAUUCUACCGGAUCAGCAAAAUAAUAUUUCCUCGGGCGGGGAAAUACUUGGUGGACUACAAUCACCAGACAAGCCCUGUAUUUCAAAACGUUCGUCAUUAAUAUAUUCAGCUCUAGAAACAAGAGGCCAAGCUGACGGGCGAGAGCAAAUACCGAUAUUUACUGAAGAGGAGACAAGACCAAGUGAUAGCGUUCAAGAGGCGAACGUCCUAAGUCAACAUGAUGUACCACAUCGUCCACGAUCAACUGGCGCAAAUAUUGAGCAACAUAUGAUUUUACUGAUACGUAUGAUGUUACAAUGGUUGCAGCAAGAAAACCGAAAUCACCAACAGUGGGUUCAAGAAGAAAAUCAAGAGCAGCUGCAACGGCUACAUCAAGAGAACCGAAUCCAUCAACAGCGGGUUCAAGAUGAAAACCAAGAGCAGCUGCAAUGGAUAAAACAGGAGAACCGAAACCAUCAACAGCGGGUUCAUGAUGAAAAUCAAGAGCAGCUUCAGCGGAUAAAACAGGAGAACCGAAAUCAUCAACAGCGGGUUCAAGAAGAAAAUCAAGAGCAGCUGCAACGGAUAAAACAGGAGAACCGAAACCAUCAACAGUGGGUUCAAAAUGAAAAUCAAGAGCAGUUGCAACGGAUAAAACAGGAGAACCGAAAUCAUCAACAGCGGGUUCAAGAAGAAAAUCAAGAGCAGCUACAACGGAUAAAACAGGAGAACCGAAACCAUCAACAGCGGGUUCAAGGAGGAAAUCAAGAGCAAUGGAUUAAAUGGGAGAACCGAAAUCACCAACUGUGGAUGCAAAGCAAAGAAAGAAAACAACAUAACCAAAUGCAACAGGAAAAUCAGGAGCAUUCUGAGCAGCAGCUUCGACAAUUACGACAGGAACGUAUAAAAGACCUGCAAUUAAAACAGAAAGAAAAUCUAAAUAUGCAUAAACCUGUCAUAGCAAAGUCUUUUGUAAUGGAGCCACAUUGGAAACAGCGAGACGGAGCUGAUUACUCAGACGAGGGAGAAGGUAUAUAUGCAAAUUGA